CGGAUGUAGCGUGAAACGUUCUCCCAGAAUGCCCAGGGAGCAGGAUCUGUAGCAAAGAUGGCGGCGAAUCCGAACUCAAACAAAUAUGUGUUUGAGUGUCCAAACUGGGCAGGGAAGCCACCUCCAGGUCUACAUCUUGAUGUAGUUAAAGGAGACAAGCUUAUAGAGAAGCUAAUUAUCGAUGAGAAGAAAUACUACCUGUUUGGGAGGAAUCCAGAUAUGUGUGACUUCACCAUUGAUCAUCAGUCAUGUUCCAGGGUUCAUACAGCCUUGGUUUACCACAAGCACCUGAAAAGAGUGUUUCUCAUAGAUCUGAACAGCACGCAUGGAACAUUUCUGGGUCAUAUCCGUUUAGAACCCCACAAGCCACAACAAAUCCCUAUAGACUCCACAGUUUCAUUUGGAGCCUCCACACGAAUGUAUACUCUUAGAGAAAAACCUCAAACUCUCCCCUCUGCCUUGAAAGGUGAUGAUAAAGCAGGAGAGGACGAAGAGUUAAAAGGUCUGUUGGGCCUUCCAGAAGAGGAAACAGAGCUUGAUAAUCUGACAGAGUUCAACACUGCACACAACAAGAGAAUAUCCACGCUCACCAUUGAAGAGGGCAACCUUGAUAUUCAGAGACCAAAAAGGAAGAGGAGGAAUUCCCGGGUAACAUUCAACGAAGACGAUGAAGUUAUCAACCCAGAGGAUGUAGAUCCCUCAGUUGGACGUUUUAGGAAUAUGGUGCAGACAGCUGUUGUUCCUGUAAAAAAAAAGAAGUCUGAUAACCCUGGAUCCCUAAGCCUUGAAGACUCUGUGGGACGGCGUGUUCAAAACUUCCCAUUUUCUGCAGGUCUUUAUGGUGGCCUACCACCUACCAAUGCUGAGGCAGGAGCACAGACAGCAGGUAGCCAUGCUACUGCCCUUAUAGGGGGCAUGCCUUUUCCCAACUUGGCCCCUGAGGUGGAUCUUACCCCAACUACUCCUACUGCUGUACCAAUUACAGUUGCUCCUACACCAUCCAGCUUCACUACAGAAGCUGUUAAUGAGCCUAAGAAAAAGAAGUAUGCCAAGGAAGCAUGGCCUGGAAAAAAGCCCACUCCUUCUUUGCUUAUUUGAUAGACUUAAACCAGUUGCAGGAUAAAGGGGUUCCGGGACACUUUGAAUGAUCAGUCAUAUUCAUUUUAUCGGUUUCUAAAAGAAACAGGGCUCCUGGCCCAUUUCCUGCCUGAUUGUAUAUACCAUGUCUGUUCUUCGCCGACUGGAUUGUAGGCAGGAAGUGAAAAAUUACAGUGAUUAAAGUGAAGCUUUUGUACCCUUAAAUUUCCUCUUGAUAAUGGUCAUGUUCCUCUCCCAUUGUAUGUUUAUACACCGAUGAAGAACACCUCACUUACUGUUGUAACCGCAAACCUUGUCAGUGGAGGAACCUAAAAAGCAUUUACGCGCACGCAGACUCACACACACUCUAUGAUUUCUUGGGUUUUUAUACAGUGUAUAGAAACCUGCACACAUGUACAGCUAUAGUGACAGAUUAUUUUUGAUAUGUAUAAUUUGAUUUCUAUGAGUUUAUAAUAUAAUGUUACACUUAUGGUUUGAAUGUACGCUUGUGCAUGUGAACACUAGAAAGGGACUUUAGUCCUCUAAUACUGGGGUAAUUCACUCCAUGCAGCAUACAGACCUUUGUUUUUUGAUAUCCUAUUUUUUAAAAUAAAUAAGUGAAACAUAGGCCGUGUGAGGACCUCAAGGCCAGGAGUUAAGGAUCCCUUAUCUAGUAUAUGGAUUGGUACCAUUUUCAGUGAGUAAUUAUAAUAGUUUUCAAUGUAUUCAUGUUUGCAGGUAGACUGAUGUGUGUAAUUUAGUUGUCAUUUAACGUGUGUUUAAAUCUAUUACACUGUUCAAAAGUCUGAUACAUCUUUGACCUUACCUUGCUGUAAUGAACUUUAUUAUAUACAUUUGUAUGAUUAGAUUUCCCUUAUUUAAAGACACAUUUUCUAGGUGCAAUGGAGAUAAUAUUCUAAAACAAACUUUUUGUUGCUUCUCUUAUCAUAAUCUGUGUAAUUUUAGUUUAAAAUAAUCUUUAUAGUAGUAGUCAAAAAUGUAUUAUUUUCUUUUGAA